AUGAGUAGUGUAAGUAAUCUCGCCAUUGUACUCGUAGUAAUCUUCAUUGUAUCCAUAAUAGCACUUGCUUGUGAACUCUUGUACGUCAUUCAUCGCCGCCGUACCUUCCGCUGUCACUCCUCCCCACCACUUCCUGAUCAAACCGUAAUUGAAGUUCCAACCAAGGAACUUCUAUACUUCUUCUGCUUGAAACCACCCGUAGAAAAACCUGAAAAGAACGACACAAACAAGACAUCCUCGGAUGAUGAAUUUGUUGAUGUUUUUGAAAUGUUGGAAGCAAAAGAACCAUCGAGGUUUCUUUGUACGAUAAAUGAAGAAGAGGUCGAAUCAACGCAUGAGGAAGAGGUGGUUGUGAUCGCGGUUGAUGAGAGUGAUGGAGUUGUGAAGACAGUCUUUUCGACCCCGUGUGAUUCGCCUAUGUUUUUUACACCUGCAGGAUCUCCGGCUCGAGAUUUUAUGGAGCCGGAGUUUGUUGUAUCCGUUCAAAAUGAAACGGAUAUGGUACCCGAUUAA